ACUCGUUCUCUCUGGCUGGAGCUCCUCUGGGGGUGUGGAGGAGGAUGGAGAGAGGAAGGGAGAGUCCCAUCACCCAGGACAGUCCAGAGCGGAGGGGAGGCAGCCCGGACCUCAGCGGCCUCCCACCGCCGGGGAAAAAGGGCCGGUUGGAGCUCAAUGGUAGCCCCACGGGGCCACGCAUACGCCACAACGGAGCCCCACCAAGGCCCUUAGGAGGUCUGAUGAUUCCAGUCUUCUGUGUGGUGGAGCAGUCGGAUGGAGGGAUUCAGACAGACGGAUGUGAGGGAAGAGAGGAGCAUGCAGAGUUUGUCCUGGUCAGGAAAGAUAUCCUGUUCUCUCAGCUGGUGGAGACGGCUUUGCUGGCCCUCGGCUACUCCCACAGCUCAGCUGCACAGGCCCACGGCAUCAUCAAGGUGGGAAGGUGGAACCCUCUGCCCAUCCACUUCUUGACUGAUGCACCAGAGGCCACAGUUGCUGACAUGUUGUUGGAGGUCUACCACAUGGUCACGCUACGCAUCCAACUACAAAGUUUUUCAAAGCUGGAGGACCUGCCCUGUGAACAGUGGAACCACGCGACUGUCAGAAACGCUCUCAAAGAACUUUUGAAGGAAAUGAACCAAAGCACUCUGGCCAAAGAGUGUCCCCUCUCACAGAGUAUGAUUUCCUCCAUAGUGAAUAGUUCCUACUAUGCCAAUGUCUCCACUGCCAAAUGCCAGGAGUUUGGUCGUUGGUACAAGAAAUAUAAGAAAAUCAAAGUGGAUUACCUGGAGAAGAUGUGGUCAGGACGAGAUGCUACUGACAUCAAAAUAGAGAGAGACAACAUGGCAGACUUCUGUGUGCUGGGUCAGAGACCUCCUCCUCACUUGGCUGGCCUGGCCCAUCUCAGUCACCUGGGAGCCGGCAGUCCCCUCCUCAAGGCGGGAUCUGGAGAUCUGCAGGCACCCUCCCAACCACCUCAGCAGCCUCCUCCUCCCCAACAACAGCCCUCGCCCCAUGGCCCCCUCCACCACAGUCCUCCUCUCCGUACGGGCCAGGUGCCUCCCCCACCCCCACCCCCGCCUGGCACCCUGCAGCCCCUGCUGGGGCCAGGUGGGCUGCUCUGGUUGGCUGUGUGAGCUGCUUCGGUGGAAGGAGAACCCCAGCCCAGAGAACCGCACUCUGUGGGAGAACCUGUGCACCAUUCGGAGGUUUCUGACCCUGCCGCAGGCCGACAGAGACAUGGCGUACGAGGAGGAAUCCAGGCACCAUCACACCGAGAGGCUGCACACCGUCCUCCACCUGCCACAGGACACACAG